AUGAGUGACAACGAAAAUUCACCUUCAAAUACUGCAGGGAAAGCAGAGCAAGAGGAGGCGAUAAUAUUGAAUGUGAAUGGUGUCAAGUAUGAAACGUACAGGUCUACGUUAACGAAAUAUCCUAAAACACUUCUUGGAACAAUGUUUCAAAAACGUAACUCCGCGCUAGUACAGCCCAAAAACCACAACGAAUAUGCAAUAAAUCGAGAUGGAAUCAUAUUUCACUAUAUUCUCGAAUUUUAUCAAACGGGAAAAUUAACAUGGGCAGGACCCCAAUCAAAACCCGUCGUACGACGACGAGAUUUGGACAAAGAACUCGACUACUUCUUAUUGCCACCAGUAGUUCCGUCCUAUGCAAUUCAGUCAGAUUAUCAAUCAUGUCUUAAAGGGAUGGAGAAAAUAUGUCGUCAAAUAUUUUCCAAAAAUUCUCGUAUGAAUAUAUCAUCAAAAAAUAAUGUCAGUGUUAAGGUCACAAUAUCGGAAACGAAUAGAUACCUAAUGGUUCGAUAUAUAAAUCAGAGUGGUAGCUUUCAUGUUUUGACGACACCAAAAGCGAUGGAAAUUUUUGGGAUGUAUGGUGAGGAUAUUUACGAUCAGAUCCGUGAACAGUUUCCUGGAUUGGUGUGUAGAACGCGGGCAAUCGCUAGUGCGCUUUUGAUCUUUUUGAGUAGGAAGUCGGCGCAAAUGCCAACUGGCGGCACGAAACAUGACAUAGAUAGGAAGAAGUCGACGAGUUUUCCAAAGGACAAAAAGUCGAUAUCUAAAUUAAGAGAAAGAACCAAGUGA